AUGAAGUUCGUCGAUGGUCUCAUGAUUCACUCUGGACACCCAGUUAAUGACUAUAUCCAACAAGCCGUGCGACAUGUUCAGCUCCGCCAAGGAGUUAUUCGUGAAUCAAAAGUCAAGAUUAUGCUUCCUCAUGAUCCCCGCGGCCAGAUGGGACCCAAGAACGCUCUUCCCGAUCAAGUCCAGAUCCUGGAGCCCCAGCCGGAGACCAACCCCACUGAACCAAGCUCGGAGCACAAGGUUGAGAAGAAGGAAAUGGGACUGUCCCUAUUGUUCCUCACACCGAUGACAGGCCUGUCGAGGCUCACACGCUUAUUGAGAUUAGUGUUAUAA